AUGCAGCAUCUCAAUCGAGCUCCGAUCCAUGGCAACCGCAGCGAUCUUUCUGCGAGGUCGACCGUGGGCAGCUCCUUCUCUAGCGGCAUCAAGAAAGGUCUGUCGUUCAAUGACGCGUCGCUAACCCAUCACUUCACUUCCUCAGAGGUCAGCUGGGCGUACAACUGGGGACAGACGUACUCAGGCAGCCUGCCGGCCAACGUCAUGUACAUUCCUAUGCUAUGGAGUGACGCCAGCGCAUCCACUAGCACAUGGCACACUAACGCUCAGGCCGCCAUCAACAAGGGAGCGGAGUACAUACUGGGCUUCAACGAACCUGACCUGAACGCACAGGCCAACAUGACGCCCGAGCAGGCAGCCUCGGCUUGGAUGACCUACAUGCAGCCUUUCGCGGGCAAGGCCAAGCUCGUUGGUCCUGCGAUCACGAACGGCGCCGCGCCGAUGGGAGAGGCCUGGCUAGACGAGUUCAUCAGUCUUUGCACGAAGUGCACGAUUGAUGUGUACGCCAUGCACAUCUACGACGCCGCGACGAACGAGGCGUACUACAAGCAGUAUAUCUCCAGCUUCGCCAGCAAGUACAAGAAGCCGGUAUGGGUUACUGAGUUCGGCGCGACCGGAAGUGCCUCCCAGGUGAACACGUUCCUCGGCAGCAUGGUCAGCUACCUCGACGGGCUCGAGGGCGUCGGCGCGUACGCCUGGUUUAUGGACGAGGCCGGCAACCUGGUCAACAGCGACGGCACCCUCACCUCGCUCGGCAAGACCUACGCUGCCUAA